AUGGAUUAUGACUAUCUAGUAAAAUUUCUUGCUCUUGGUGAUUCGGGUGUUGGAAAAACUAGUUUUUUGUACCAAUACACAGAUGGAGUUUUUCAUUCAAGAUUUAUUUCUACAGUUGGGAUCGAUUUCCGAGAGAAAAGAAUGAUUUAUCAAUCAAAAGGUAUCAAUCAUAGAAUUCACUUACAACUAUGGGAUACAGCUGGACAAGAAAGAUUUCGCAGCUUAACAACAGCAUUUUAUAGAGAUGCUAUGGGAUUUUUGCUUCUAUUUGAUCUAACAAAUGAGCAAUCAUUUCUUGAAAUACGUAAUUGGAUAGAACAAUUGAGGAUACAUGCCUAUUGCGAGGUGCCCGAUAUUGUACUCUGUGGAAACAAAGCAGAUAUGGAAGAAAGAAGGGUAGUAAGUGAAUGGAGAGCCAGAGAAUUUGCUGAACAAAAUAAACUACCAUAUUUGGAGACAAGCGCUGCAACUGGUCAAAAUGUAAAUAGAGCUGUAGAGACUCUCGUAGACCGAGUGAUGUCAAGGAUAGAGACUGCAGUUGAUCGAGCUAUGCUUCCUGGUCGUCGUGGAAGACCUAAAGAUCCAAAUGAAUUGAAUUUAUCAACACCAACAUCUCAAAAUUGCUUCUGCUGA